UAAUGUAAACAACCGGCUAAGGAAGAAAGAAAUAGCUAGGCAUAGAGUUUAAUUUAGACAACCAUAACCACCUACCAUGGCCGCCCUUCUCCUCCAUUCCUCUGAACGACUUUCUAAAACAUGGCUUAACCGUAUUUUUGCAAUCAUCUAUGCCACCGUCGUUUCUUUUCUCCUCCUCCGCCACUGCCGUAAUUUAAUCUACUAUCCAAUCCCCAUCGCUCUGUUUCUAGCCGACUUUGUGUUAGCUUUUAUGUGGUUCACCUCCCAAUGCUUUCACUGGAAUCCAAUCCAUCGCCGUGUUUUCCCAGAAAACCUGCAACAGUUCGUGGAGGAGAGAGAGUAUCCGGCGUUAGAUGUGUUGAUUUGCACGGCUGAUCCCACCAAAGAGCCACCAGUUGGAGUGGUGAACACGGCCUUAUCUGUAUUGGCAUAUGACUACCCGACGGAUAAGCUUUCCGUUUACAUAUCAGAUGAUGGGGGGUCUGAAGUGACACUGUAUGCGUUCAUGGAGGGUGCUAAGUUUGCUAAGCAUUGGAUUCCAUACUGCAAGAAGCAUAGUAUUGUUGAUCGGUCGCCUGAAGUGUAUUUUGAAAAUGAUCCUGCUUGGUUCCCUGAGACAGAUGAAAUCAAGGCGAUGUAUGAAAGAAUGAAAUCAAGGGUGGAGAAGGUGGUGCAAAGUGGUGGCGUAUGUUUAGAUGAGGUGAAGGAAUCAGAAAUUCGUGAUGCUUUCAGUAAAUGGACGCCUAAUUUCUCGCGUCGACAUCAUCCCACAAUUAUUAAGAUUAUAUUAGACAACACUAUAGACAAAGAUGUCGCAGGUGGCGUAAUGCCAAAUCUUGUCUACGUUUCUAGAGAAAAAAGCAACAACAAGCCCCAUAAUUUUAAGGCUGGAGCACUCAACGUCCUGCUUCGAGUGUCAGGCUUGCUGACCAAUGGACAGAUUGUCCUUGUUCUAGAUUGCGACAUGUUCUCAAAUGACCCUGAAACGCCACUUCGCGCAUUAUGUUAUUUUAUGGAUCCAAAUGCUGAUUCAAAGCUUGGAUUUGUUCAAUUUCCGCAAAGAUUCAGUGGCAUUAAUACGAAUGACAUAUAUGCUUCGGAGUUCAAGGCCGAGACACAAAUUUUAAGUCUUGGAAUGGAUGGCUUGUUAGGCGCUCAGUUUAUGGGUACAGGAGGCUUUUUCAAACGACAUGUUAUUAGCAACGACUCAUGCUUUGGAUUCAUUAAAGAUACAAUCAUGCAAAAAAAUAUCUCAAUUCCAAUAUGCACUAAGGAUGUUUUGGUUUUAGCACACCAAGCAGCAAGCUGCGACUAUGAGGAUGAUACAAAAUGGGGAUCCGAGAUUGGAUUUCGAUAUGGCACCUUAACCGAGGACACCUACACGAGCUUUCGACUUCAUUGUGAAGGAUGGAAGUCGAUUCUUUGCAAUCCAAAAAGAGCUGCGUUUCUUGGAGGCUCGCCCUCAAACUUGAAUGAUGCCCUAACCCAAACCAAACGAUGGUACAUGGGAUUCCUCGAAAUAUUUUUUAACAAAUAUUGCCCAAUAACGUAUGGUAUUCGAUCAAUGAAUCCUCUGCAUGCUUUAUGUUACACACACUACACACUUCGUUCUUUUUGGUCGAUUCCAAUCAUUGUCUACGCGUUCUUGCCUCAAAUUUCGCUCCUCAACUCCUUCCCAAUGUUUGCAAGGGUUUCGGAAGGUGGGUUUUCCUUGCAUGCGUUUCUAUUUCUUGGAGCUUAUGGAAAAGAUUUUUAUGAUUUUGUGGUCUUUGGAGGAGGAUCGAAGCAAAGGUGGUGGAACUGCCAAAGAAUGUGGUUGAUGUGGGGGCUAUCGAGUUAUCCAUUUGCAUUGCUCGAGUGGUCACUAAAAUCCUUCGGUUUUUCAACAUCUGGGUUCAAUGUUACCAGCAAAGUGAUUGAGGAAGAACAAAAGAAACUAUAUGAACAAGGGGUGUUUGAUUUUGGAGUUGAAUCAAUCUUGUUUUUUCCAUUUAGUGUCGCAUCAUUGAUCAACUUGUUUUCGUUUGUAAAAGGCUUUAUGGAGGUUUUCAUUAAUGGGAGGUUGCAAGAGUUUUUUGUGCAGAUGUUCAUAUCUGGAGUUGUGGUGGUGAAUAGCUGGCCGAUAUAUGAAGGCAUGGUUUUAAGGAGAGAUCGAGGAAGGAUGCCAUUGAAGUUAACUUUAGCAUCAUUGUCAACGGCAUUUGCGAUUUUCUUGGCAUCCUCUUUGAUUUUUUAACGUUCGAGAGUAUAAUUUGAAGAGCCAAAGAUGAACCUGCAUGUGAAGGCCUAAUUGAUCACACCUAUAGAUUGUGCAUUUUCACUGUAUCUAAAACAAGUUUCUUCUAAUUGAUGAUAUUCUGUCACUGGAAUCAUUACAACACGAUAGGGUAUCGUGCAUGGAUUUUAGCCACAAACAAAAUCCGAUGUAAUUAGCGACGCAUCUCCCAUAGAAUGUAAUAGCAGAGUUUUAAGACAUUUCUAACAGAAUAACAAACGGAUUAGCAACGUAUUUAUGCA